CAAUCAUUACUCAUGCUAACAUUUUUCAUUUUCCCCCUCAUUUGUGGAUAACGCACGAUAUUACAUUCUACACACCAACAAGAUUCUAUAAAAACGCAAAGGUUGUCUCCAUAGAAUAUCGUCCCAUCACCAAACAUUAGAUCUCCUCUUUCUCUCUAUCUAUCUCACUCACACUCCUUCUCUCUCUCUUUCUCUCUCAGAACUUGGAUAUGGGUGAAGCCGUAGAGAUCAUGUUCGGAAAUGGAUUCCCAGAGAUUCACAAAGACACAUCACCCAUUCAAACCCUCCACUCCAACCAGCAGGACUGCCAUUGGUAUGAAGAAACCAUCGAUGAUGAUCUCAAGUGGUCUUUUGCCCUCAACAGUGUUCUCCAUCAAGGAACUAGUGAGUACCAAGAUAUUGCUCUGUUGGACACCAAACGUUUUGGAAAGGUGCUUGUGAUUGAUGGGAAAAUGCAAAGUGCAGAGAGAGAUGAGUUUAUCUACCAUGAAUGUUUGAUCCACCCGGCCCUCCUUUUCCAUCCCAACCCCAAGACGGUGUUUAUAAUGGGAGGAGGUGAAGGCUCUGCUGCUAGAGAAAUAUUAAAACACACGACGAUCGAGAAAGUUGUCAUGUGUGAUAUUGAUCAGGAAGUUGUUGACUUUUGCAGAAGAUUUCUGACCGUUAACAGCGAUGCUUUCUGUAACAAAAAGCUUGAACUUGUGAUCAAAGAUGCAAAGGCUGAAUUGGAGAAAAGAGAAGAGAAGUUUGAUAUCAUAGUAGGAGAUUUAGCCGAUCCAGUGGAAGGUGGACCUUGUUAUCAGCUCUACACGAAAUCCUUCUACCAAAACAUCCUCAAACCCAAGCUUAACCCCAAUGGCAUUUUUGUGACCCAGGCUGGACCAGCAGGAAUAUUCACUCAUAAGGAAGUCUUCACAUCAAUCUACAACACCAUGAAGCAAGUGUUCAAGUACGUAAAGGCUUACACAGCACAUGUGCCAUCAUUUGCGGACACAUGGGGAUGGGUGAUGGCAUCGGACCACGAGUUUGAUGUUGAAGUUGAUGAAAUGGAUCGAAGAAUCGAAGAGAGAGUUAAAGGAGAAUUGAUGUAUUUAAACGCUCCUUCUUUCGUCUCUGCUGCUACUCUCAACAAAACCAUCUCUCUCGCACUGGAGAAGGAGACUGAAGUUUAUAGUGAAGAGAACGCGAGAUUCAUUCAUGGUCAUGGUGUGGCGUACCGGCAUAUUUAAAAGAAGAACCGGUUCAAUUUCAGAUUCAUACCAAACCCAUGUCAUAAAAACAUAAAAGCCGGUUUCUUUUCUCCGCAUAUAACCGGGGCGUUGUCUUGAUGAUUACUUUGGUUCGGUUUUCUUUUCUACAUUGCUUGGGUUUUCGUUUUCUUGUUCUUAUCUUCCCUCAAGUUAUUCCGGUUUAGUUUGGUUAACAAAACUAUAUCUUCCCUCAAGUAAUUUCGGUUUAGUUUGGUUGAC